UGCGGCAGCCGGCGGCGGGGAGGCGGCGGUGGGGGCGGCGCAGACUCAACACACCAGCAACGUUCCGGGGGACCAGGUGCCGAAGAAGUUUCUUUACCGUGGAUUUCGUACCGCGCCGAAGGAAGACAUUGAAAAUAUGAAAGUGGAGAAAAUGUCUGUUGAAGACAAAGAGAAGUACUUAAAAGAUCUUAAAUGGACCGAAAAAGAAAAGGCGUACAGCAAGGAGGAUUGGAAGAAAUAUUGUCACAAGGCUCCCUGUGGCGACAAGCCCUUCUCUGAUGCAGUUCCCAAAGACGCGAAAUUCCCACCAAAGAAAGGCACGUCCAACGCCACAACGAAUUUAAAUGAGGCCGGUGACCAACACACAGAAACGGCUCCCAGAGAGCAGGAACACGUUGCUGAUCGUGUAGCAG